UGAACCCGACAGAACAACUGAGCCACAAAAUGGAGCUUGCAGACGUGGCUGAAAUGUUCAAUACCCUAACAAGACAAGUCACCAACCUGACUCAAGCAGUCCAAGAAUUGCAAACGCAAGCAAGGACACCUAUGUCUGCUGUAGCUUCCAAUUUAGUGCCCAUUCCAGAAGAUACAGCUAUGUCCUGUGAGUUGAUGUUCGAUCUACAACCAAACAUGUACCAAACAUGUACCACUCUGAUUCCAUCAAU